AUGAGAACAUCAUUGGCUUUCCUGGCUCUGGCAGCCACAGCCUUUGCCAUUCCCCAAGCAGUCACAGAAGAUAUUGCCCCCAAGGGUAAGGCUCCGAAGGGCUGCACAACCUCAUACGAUGGCCAAUUUGAAGUCACAAUCUUCAAGCCUGGAAACGCUAAGCGCGAUGUCACUGAGCGAUCGUGCAGUGGUGAAGGUGUUCUCGUCUUGAGCCUCAAAGAUGGCGUUCUCAAGGACGCCCAAGGUCGAACAGGCUAUAUCUCCGACAGCUACCAAUUCCAAUUCGACAAGCCCGCUCAAGCUGGCGCAAUCUACACAUCUGGUUUCUCAGUCUGCUCCAACGGAACUCUCGCCUUCGGACCCUCUGCAAUUUUCUGGCAAUGCCAAUCCGGCGACUUCUACAACUUAUACGACCGCAACUGGGCUGAGCAGUGUGAACCUGUUGAAUUCGGCGUCAUGCCCUGUGGGAAGAAUAAGAAUGCAAAGUCUGCCCCUAAGAAGAGAAUCGUGGGAAGCAGUGUUGUCGCAACUACUGUUGUGACUGUUGUUUCUGACGGUACGACGAGGGAGGUUCCCACGACUAUCGCUGUUCCUAUGUGCCAGAUUGGCGAUGGACAGGUUCAGGUUCGCACGACGCCUUGUGAUGAUAUGGAAAUCCCUAUCAUUACUGCCCCUCCUGUUAGUCAAGUUUCGGAUGGCAAGCUUCAAGUUCCCACUACGGCUCCUCCUGCACCUCCCGCUGUUCAGAAGCCUGCUAAGCCUGCAGAUGGCACGCCUGCAGAGGGCGCUGGCGGCGAUGCUGGGGAUAAGCCUAAGCCUGCUGGCGACUCGAAGCCUGGUGCUUCUCCUGCUGGGAACGAUGCACCUGAUAACACAGGUGCUGCCCAGGCUGAUAAGCCCGCUGGAGAUGAACCUUCUGGCACUGGUGCCCGACGUGCUGGAAAGUCGAAGCCCACCGAAACCGACGAUGAAGUGCUGGUCACUGACUCUGGUACUCCCUCCGACACCGAGACUGAGGAGGCUAGUUCAUCUCGAAGCACACGCGCCGUCAAGCCUUUCAAGCCUCAGACGACCGAGAGUGACGACUCCGAGGCGACUGGAAGCAGCUCCAGUGCCGGCUCGGAUGACGCCGCGUCUACUGGUGCGGCUCAGUCUGAUGCCUUCAAGAUUGCCGCAAGCUUGGGCAUGGUGUUUGUAUCAGGUCUGUUUGGAUCUCUGCUGAUUCUGUAA